AUGUCGACCAACAACAACCUUGAAGCAGAAAAAGCAACUCAAUGCCAUGGCUUGGACGACAUGGUUGUGUCAACGACGACUACAUGCACACAAUCCACGACCCAUUCCCCCAUUGUCGAAUAUCCCCCACCCAUUCCAGUAGCAUUACGGCAUCCGCACCUUGUUGCUUCAGUCAAACAAUAUCGUUCCGAUGUCCAACAACAACAGCUUAAACAACAUAUCGUAUCCGAAUCCUUUAUCCCUGUUGCACCUGAUAUGGUGAAGCCGCCUCGAAGACGACGGCGACCUCCGUUCUCAUACUCAUCCCUUAUCGCACAAGCCAUUCUUGCAUCUGAUCAUGAGAAGUUGACAUUACGCGAGAUUUAUCAGUGGAUCAUGGAGAAAUAUCCGGCAUUGUAUGAUGUUAAUGACACUGGAUGGCAGAAUACGAUACGGCACAACUUGUCCUUGAACAAAUGCUUCAAAAAGGUCCCAAAGAGCGAAUUGGAUGGAGCCACACAUUCACGGGGGAAAGGCGGUUAUUGGACAGUCGAUCCUGCUCAUAUGGCCAAAUACAAGGAUGGCUCUUUUCCUCGAGGAUCAACAACAGCCAUAUCACGAAGGAAGGAGCCUCGAGAAAUACGCAUGAAAAUGACUAGCGACAACGCACCACCAUCACCAUCAUCACCGCCACCACCGCCAACAUCAUCUGUUAAUCCCACCAACACAACCACACAACCUUCGUCAUCACAACAACAACAGCGUUCAUCAUUAUCAUCAUCAUCAAUACCAUCAUCAUCCUCAUCAUCUUCACCUUCCCGUAUUAUGCAGAUACAAAAUCUCCUCAAUUAG